UCUCUCUCUCGAUUUUGGUGUAACAAACAAUCGAUCGCCAAGUUUAUAAAGAAAGCGGGUUCAUUCUUGUCUAGGGUUUAUCUCCAUGGAGCUCGCGCCGGCGAUUCUGGGAUCCAAUUCCGCGGCACCGCAGGCUCCGCAAGAUCGCCAGCUCGCGAAGCAGUCGGAGCUCCUCCAGUCAUUCUUCGGCAUUCCAAGCAUCGACAAGGCCUGGGCGAGUCCAUCGCCGCGAGGGAAUGGCUUGGAUGUGGUGGUGGCGAUGAGCCAGAUCGACCUCCCAGGAAAUGCGAAGCGGAAUUUCAUGUCGCAUCUCUACCUUCCCGAGGCGGGGCACGGUCUGGAUCCGGCUACGAAUUGCCACUGGUCGCCAUUCCCGAUUCAACUGACCGGGGCUUCUCUCGUAGUACCAUCCCCGUCUGGUAGCAAGGUCUUGGUAGUAUGUAACACAGAGCCUGCAAGCAAGGAUAGUCCUUGCUCGGUGAAGCUACAGAUAUGGGGACCAAUGCAGCUUCUAAAGGAAGUCCACGUCCCAAGUAAGCUCCACGGAUCCGUCUACACGGAUGGAUGGUUUGAAGGUGUUUCAUGGAGUCACGACGAGAGAUUUAUAGCUUAUGUUGCCGAGGAACCACCUGUUGAUCGUCAAGUAUUUGGUCAGGCUAUGGGCAAGGAUGGACAAAAGCAGGAAGGCGAGGCCGGGACUUGGAAAGGCCAAGGUGACUGGGUGGAGGACUGGGGGGAGUGUUACGCUGGGAAACGCCGGCCUUUGAUAUACGUCGCUGACACCAACAGUGGCUCUGUGCAGGCUGUCGAGGGGAUUCCGCAAGAUUUGAGUGCUGGACAGGUUGUAUGGGCUCCUUCAAGCAGUGAAGGAACUCAGUACUUGGUGUUUGUAGCAUGGUCAUCUUUCGCCGACAAUUUCAAAACUCCUAGAAAGCUUGGUAUGAAGUAUUGCUACAACAGGCCAUGCGCGCUCUAUGCUACUGCAGCUCCUAUGUUUGGCAGUCAUUCUUCGGAUCGAAGCCCAGGAGCACCACUCAAGCUGACAGCAACAAUCAGUAGUGCAUUUUCACCACGUUUCAGUCCAGAUGGAGAAUUUCUUGUUUUCUUGUCUGCAAAGGCUGCUGUAGAUAGUGGCGCCCACUGUGCUACAAACUCUCUGCAUUGCGUAAAAUGGUCAGGAGGUGAUAGUCUUGGCACUCUUCCACCGGCGAGAGAUGUUGUACCUGUUAUUUCUCGACCCGACGCCAAAGGCUUCCCUGGCCUAUACUGCUCGACUUUUCUUUCGCAUCCAUGGCUGUAUGACAACCGUACUCUGCUUUUAACGUCAGCAUGGCGAAGUACACAAGUUAUAGUCUCUGUGAACCUCGAAAGCGGGGAGGUUUUAAGGUUAACGCCUGAGGAUUCAAUCAGCUCCUGGAGCCUUCUGUCUGUUUUUAAAAAUAAUCUUCUGGCCGUAGCGAGCAAUCCAGGGUCUCCUCCGGAUUUAAAAAUUGCGUACUGCUCUAGUAUGGAAAAGAUUUCGGACGCUGCUUUUCAGUGGUCCGAUAUUCCUACACCCGUAGAACACACGGAAGAGGUACAAUCUAUCUUAUCGUCAAUCUCGUCGAGGAUUUUACAGAUCCCUGUUCCCAGUUCAGACGGAAACGAAAUUCUUCCACAAGGGGCUAAGGAUCCGUUCGAAGCUGUUUUUGUUAGUCCAGGAGAAGUUAAAGAAGGCUCAGAACCCCCACCACUUGUUUUAGUUCUUCACGGAGGACCUCAUUCUGUAUCACUGACCGGGUUCUCAAGAAAUUAUGCGUUUCUCGUAGGACUGGGGUUCAGUUUACUUCAUGUAAACUACAGGGGAUCUUUGGGCUUUGGUGAGGAAGCACUUCAGUGCUUGUUAGGCAACAUUGGUCGGCGGGAUGUCAACGACGUACUCACGGCACUGGAUGUGGUUCUUGCGGAAGGGCUUGCCAAGCCAGACAAAGUCGCCGUUGUGGGUGGUUCGCAUGGUGGGUUUUUGACGUCCCAUUUAAUUGGACAGGCGCCAGGUCGAUUCGUUACUGGAAUAGUACGGAAUCCCGUGUGCAACAUUUCCUCGAUGGUGGGAAUAACCGACAUACCCGAUUGGUGUUAUAUGGAAUCUUAUGGAAAAGCUGGUUUGGACUUGUACGAUGAAGCACCUUCGGUGAAGCACUUGGGAGCUUUUUAUCAAGCGUCUCCAAUAGCACACGUUGACAAGGUUCAAGUACCAACAAUGUUUCUACUUGGUGCACAGGAUCGGAGAGUGCCAGUGUCAAACGGUCUCCAGUAUGCACAAGCACUAAGAGCUCGAGGACUGGAAGUUAAGGUUAUUGUCUUUCCAGAUGACAUUCAUGCUAUCGAUCGGCCGCAAUCAGAUUUCGAGAGUUUUGUCAACAUUGGAGCUUGGCUAAAGAGAUUCACAUAGAGGCUGGCAGCUUUCAGUUCGAAAACUUAUAAAAGAACCAUGUCUCAACCCAAGCUGCGGCAGCAUGGCUUUGUCAGAUUCAAGCUGAUAUGCCGCUAGUUCUCUAAUUUGAACACUGUCAUCGAUCACCUAUAAUUACACCACUACACAUAUAGGGUGUAAACUCGAGCUAAGACCCAUAGUGAAGCAGCAACUGGUGCUUGUCCUGUGGGACGGGGUGUUGUCCGGAAACGCUCCGGGGCUCCGGUGAAAGCAAGAAACCAUAAUUGUUAAUUAGUUGGAGCAAUAAUUCCUCAAAAUAAGUGAAUUUUC